AUGCUAUUUUUAUACAAAGGCCAUAUAAAUGACUUCAGAAUUGAGCAACUCUUCACAUAUUCCAAGCCAAAGGUGUUGGGGACUUAUGGCCUGGAUUUCAUAUACCGCAGGAAAUUUAACAGCGAACUAUUGACAAUUUUCAUUACCAAGGCGAUUUUGGAUCAGCAGCUGUUUAAGACAACAGCAGACAUCUUGCAUCAUAGCCGGCAGACCAGAAUUUUGGUCAUAGCUGUAAAUAUCCCACAUCCAGAGGAGUUUAAACAGGACUUUCUUCGGGCUUGUGAAAAUUUUAAAAUUACAAAUGCCUUGUUGCUGUUUGUCCAACAAAAUGAAGAAGAAUUGCUGCAAUUGAAUGCCCUUAGGCCUUAUCCCAAAUACCAUUGGCUUUCGAAGACCAUGGCCAAUUUGAAGGGGGCCUUAUAUUAUCCCCUACAUUGGCAGAACAUGCAAAAUGCCUCACUGUUAACCUAUACCAGCCAAGAUCCCCCAGGAGCCUUACUCUACUACGAUAAGAAGGGAAAUUUAAAAAUCAAUGGCUAUGUGGCUAGGUUGAUACUACUUUUUGCCGAGAAAUUUAAUGCCUCUCUGGAAAUGUACAAACCACUCGAAUUGAAUGGCAUUUUCACCCAUUACGCUCUGAAUACUAUGACAAAUGCUGGUCAAUUGGAUAUACCCAUAGCUCUGAAUCCCACUACGACAGAAGAUGACAUGGUGCAUCACUCGGCCUACUAUGAACUAACUACCGGCCACACCAUUAUACCUUGUGCCACUCAUUUGACGGUGAGGGAAGUUUUUGGCUUACUGCUGAAUGAAUACUUUUUUGGCAGCAUACUACUUAGCGCCCUGCUACUAUCCAUUUUACAUUCCUUUAUAGACUAUUAUAUUGAUGGCAUUGUUCACCGUUUAAAUUUCGUACUAAAUCACAAAAUACUGCCCGGAAUUUUGGGACAAUCCUUCAUAACCAGAAUGACUUCCUGGCGCUGUUUGAAAAUUGUCUAUCUUUUGGUGUCAUUUGCUGGUCUCAAUAUUUGCACACAAUUCGCAGCCAACAUGAAUACCCUACUUACCAGUCCACCCUAUCAUGGCCAAAUCAAGACGAUCGAAGAUUUACGCAACUCAUCAGUUAAGAUUCUUUGCCCCGAAGACGGCAUGGACAGGGAUUACUUUUUACCCCUGUUUGGCAAUUCUUUGGUUAUAAGUAAAAAUGCUACCAUGGUCUACGAGCACAUGAUUCGAUUCAACAAUACCUAUGGCUACUUGACCUUAUCGGCUAACUGGGAUCUGUUUGUACAACGGCAGCGGCAUUAUAGACAUAAGAAAUUUUGUUUGGUCAGUGAUUUCAGUUUUAUUGACUUCUUACCCCACUGUGUCACUUUACCUGCCCAUUCGCCGCUCAAGGAACCAUUGGACUAUUUAUUGUAUCGCAUUAACGAGUUGGGGUUUAGACAGGCAUGGAAGUCAAGUGUUUUCUAUGACAUGGUGAGAUUGAAAAAUAUAUCCCUGUUCGAUGAAAAUCCACCAGUGGAUAAGAGAGUACUGCGAGUUGAUGACUUAUUUUGGAUUUGGAUGAUUGUUGUGGUGGGAUUGACAGCAAGCAGUCUGGUGUUUUUAGCGGAGCUGUUAAUGAGCCAUUGCAGGCCGAAGAACGAUAGAGUCUAG